AUGCCAAAGUUCUCCACAUACGACGAGUUUAGUGAUCCAUUUGAUCAUAUCAUGCACUACCAACAACUCAUGACCCUUGACAUAGGGUAUGACGCGCUGUUGUACAAAGUCUUUCUGGCCAGCCUCCAAGGUCAGGCUCUCUCAUGGUUCCAUUGCCUCCAGAUAAAUUCCGUCGAUAAUUUCUGGGAUCUCUCGGAGGCCUACGUGGGACAAUAUCUGUGCUCAGCACAACAUAAGCAAAAUAUCAGCACCCUGCAAAACAUAAAAAUACAGGAGAAUGAAUUGCUGAGGGAAUUCGUAAAACGGUUUGGGCAAGCUGUACUCCAAGCAGAGUCUUAUAACAUGGACGUUGUCCUCCAAAUAUUUAAGGGGAGUAUCUGCCCAGGCACACCUUUCUUCGAGUCCCUUGCUAAAAAGCCCCUCGUAACUAUGGACGACCUGCUCAUACGGGCGAACAAAUAUUCCAUGCUCGAAGACGGUGUUCGCGUAGCCACUCAGCAGAUCUUGGUUACUAGCCAACCUGUUAAGAACAAUGCGGUUAGGAACCCCAAAACCGUGAGCCAAAGAAGGCAAUCAAGUAGGGGGCAAGGCGAACAGCGCCAGCCGGACCAGUCUAAUCUCACCCCCCUUAGUGUGUCAUAUGAGAAACUCAUCCCCAUGAUCCGUGAGCUUUCCGACUUUAGGUGGCCAGAGCCCCUAAAAAUGGACCCAACCAAGAGCGAUUGCAACAGAAAAUAUGCCUAUCACAAAGAGCAUGAACAUACUAUGGAGCAAUGUAGAAGUCUCCACUACUUGGUGGAGAAACUUAUAAAAGCUGGACACUUGAAACAGUACAUCCGCUCAGAAGGAAAAAGUGGGGAGACAUCCUAA